UUUCUCAUUACUUUUCUCUUCUUCCUCAGGGUCCCAUGCGUCCAGCGGCGUUAUGAGCUGCAUUGAAGCCCGAGGACAGUGCAGCAAUGAGCCCAUGUGCUCCAGCGUUCUCAAGAUGCUGCACAAAAUCUGUGGCCCGGAACUUAUGGCAUGUGCAACGGUGACGCCUUCCAAAUGUAAACAGCUGUUACGGACGCUAAGCACGUUUGAGUACCUCUCUUCGUGUUCCUGCGCUGAACCCAACGUCGACUUCACCUGUUACACUUUCAGGGAGACGAUCUUCAAUCAUCCGUGUCUAAGCGUGGAUACUGACGAAAAGAGUCACUCCACGAUGCCCAACUGCAAGGACGCCUACAAGACCUGCUCCAACAUGCACACUUGCACACGCGAUUACUUAGAUUUUCUAAGUGCUUGCUCCUCCGACGGGAUCACGUGCCUCUCAAAAACUCCCGACCACUGCAACGAGUCAUGGAAGAAGAUCCGCCUUCUCCACGUCGCUGCGUGCCACCGCAAGCCAGAUGCGGGCUUGGCCUACCGCAAGGAGGGCAUCGACAGCACGCCCUGA